CCAUCUCUGCAGGCCCCCAUGGGCUCCCCGACACGGCCACGGGCGUCCUCUGAGCGUGAGCCCAUCCUCGACCCUUCCCUGCACCAGCACCUGGACCGCAAGAUCAACUUCGUGGCCGGCGUCAUUCACCCGUGGCGAGUGAGCGCCUUUGAGCGGCUCCUGUGGCGGGCCUGCCGUGGCUACCUGGUGGCCAGCUUCGUGGAGAUGCCUGAGCCCAUGGAGGACCCAGCAACGGGCGAGACCAUCACUUGGGUCAUCUUCCUCAUCUCCUACUGGGGCGAGCAGAUCGGGCAGAAGAUCCGCAAGAUCUCAGACUGCUUCCACUGCCAGGUCUACCCCUACCCAGAGAGCGAGGCCAGUCGGGAGGAGACCAUGAACGGGCUGCACAGCCAGAUCCAGGACCUCAGCGUGGUGCUGGAGGAGACGGAGCAGUACCUGGCGCAGGUGCUGGACAAGGUGGCGGUGGCCCUGCCCACCUGGAGGGUGCAGGUGCAGAAGAUGAAGGCCAUCUACCUCGUCCUCAACCAGUGCAGCUUUGAUGUCACCCAGAAGUGCCUUAUAGCCGAGGUCUGGUGCCCCGUGAGGGACCUCACCCAAGUGCAGGAUGCCCUGCGCCAGGGAUCGUACAAGAGUGGCUCGAGCGUGGAGUGCUUCGUGCAGCGCAUCCCCACCUCGGAGAGUCCCCCCACCCUCAUCCGCACCAACAAGUUCACCGCCGGCUUCCAGAGCAUCGUGGAUGCCUACGGGGUGGCCAGCUACCAGGAGGUGAACCCCGCGCCCUACGCCAUCAUCACCUUCCCCUUCAUCUUCGCCAUCAUGUUCGGGGACGUGGGGCACGGGCUGCUCAUGUUCCUCUUCGCCCUCUGGAUGGUGGUGUAUGAGAACAGCCCCAGCCUGAGACAGGCCAGCAACGAGAUCUGGCAGACGUUCUUCGAGGGGCGCUACCUCAUCCUGCUCAUGGGGGCCUUCUCCAUCUACACCGGCUUCAUCUACAACGAGUGCUUCAGCAAAGCCACCGUCAUCUUCCCCUCUGCCUGGAGCGUGGCCACCAUGGCCAACCACUCCUCCUGGAGCUCUGCCUACCUCGCCACCCACCCGACCCUCACCCUGGACCCCAACGUCACCGGCGUCUUCCGAGGGCCCUAUCCUUUUGGGAUUGACCCAAUCUGGAGCUUGGCCACCAACCACCUCAACUUCCUCAACUCCUUUAAGAUGAAGAUGUCGGUGGUGCUGGGCAUCGUGCACAUGGGCUUUGGUGUCUUCUUGGGGGUCUUCAACCACGUGCACUUCCAGCAGCGGCACCGGUUGGUGCUGGAGUUCCUGCCUGAGAUGGUUUUCCUCCUGGCGCUCUUCGGCUACCUCGUCUUCCUCAUCUUCUACAAGUGGAUCACCUUCAGCGCCGCCAACUCCCUGGUGGCCCCCAGCAUCCUCAUCCACUUCAUCGACAUGUUCCUCUUCACCUCCAACGACAGCAACCUCCCGCUCUACCGGGGGCAGGUGGCAGUGCAGACCGUGCUGGUGGUGCUGGCGCUGGCGUCAGUGCCCGUCCUGCUCCUGGGGACACCUCUCUACCUGUGCUGCCGGCAGCGUGCCACGAGGACGGGCCACCAUGGGCAGAUGACCACCGAGGAGCAGGAGCCGCUGCUGGAGGGGCAGGAGGCCGGCAACUCCGUCAACGCCACCAAGGAGGACGUGGAGAGCGGGGGGCACAGCCCUGACUCCGAGCACCUGGACUUUGCCGAGAUCUUCAUGCACCAGGCCAUCCACACCAUCGAGUACUGCCUGGGUUGUGUCUCCAACACCGCCUCCUACCUCCGCCUCUGGGCCCUCAGCCUGGCCCAUGCCCAGCUCUCGGAGGUCCUGUGGACCAUGAUCUGGCAGACGUUCUUCGAGGGGCGCUACCUCAUCCUGCUCAUGGGGGCCUUCUCCAUCUACACCGGCUUCAUCUACAACGAGUGCUUCAGCAAAGCCACCGUCAUCUUCCCCUCUGCCUGGAGCGUGGCCACCAUGGCCAACCACUCCUCCUGGAGCUCUGCCUACCUCGCCACCCACCCGACCCUCACCCUGGACCCCAACGUCACCGGCGUCUUCCGAGGGCCCUAUCCUUUUGGGAUUGACCCAAUCUGGAGCUUGGCCACCAACCACCUCAACUUCCUCAACUCCUUCAAGAUGAAGAUGUCGGUGGUGCUGGGCAUCGUGCACAUGGGCUUUGGUGUCUUCUUGGGGGUCUUCAACCACGUGCACUUCCAGCAGCGGCACCGGUUGGUGCUGGAGUUCCUGCCUGAGAUGGUUUUCCUCCUGGCGCUCUUCGGCUACCUCGUCUUCCUCAUCUUCUACAAGUGGAUCACCUUCAGCGCCGCCAACUCCCUGGUGGCCCCCAGCAUCCUCAUCCACUUCAUCGACAUGUUCCUCUUCACCUCCAACGACAGCAACCUCCCGCUCUACCGGGGGCAGGUGGCAGUGCAGACCGUGCUGGUGGUGCUGGCGCUGGCGUCAGUGCCCGUCCUGCUCCUGGGGACACCUCUCUACCUGUGCUGCCGGCAGCGUGCCACGAGGACGGGCCACCAUGGGAUGACCACCGAGGAGCAGGAGCCGCUUCUGGAGGGGCAGGAGGCCGGCAACUCCGUCAACGCCACCAAGGAGGACGUGGAGAGCGGGGGGCACAGCCCUGACUCCAAGGAGCAGGAGCCGCUGCUGGAGGGGCAGGAGGCCGGCAACUCCGUCAACGCCACCAAGGAGGACGUGGAGAGCGGGGGGCACAGCCCUGACUCCGAGCACCUGGACUUUGCCGAGAUCUUCAUGCACCAGGCCAUCCACACCAUCGAGUACUGCCUGGGUUGUGUCUCCAACACCGCCUCCUACCUCCGCCUCUGGGCCCUCAGCCUGGCCCAUGCCCAGCUCUCGGAGGUCCUGUGGACCAUGGUGAUGCGCAACGGCUUCGUGGGGCUGAGCUACGUCGGGGGGGUGGUGCUGGUGCCCGUCUUCGCCGCCUUCGCCGUGCUGACGGUGGCCAUCUUGCUGGUGAUGGAGGGGCUCUCCGCCUUCCUCCACGCUCUCCGCCUGCACUGGGUGGAAUUCCAGAAUAAGUUUUACGUGGGCGCCGGGUACAAGUUGUGUCCCUUCGCCUUCGCCGUUGACACCGGGGAGUAGCCGUGCCGUGGGGGGUUUGGGGGGGGCUCGGAGCAUCCCCUG